AUGAACUCGAAGACAAUCAAGAGAAGUCUCAAUAACCCAAUGCAUCGUUCGAUACAAUCUGCACCUAUCGCAACAGCCUCAAAUAUCCUUGACACUAAAUGCACCACCAAAUCAAAGACAUACUACCCCAAUGAGUUUAGAGAUCCCCAACAAUUGUGUCUCCUAUACUACUACUACUACUACGGAUAUUGGACCGAGGCUCACUACCAACACAGCACCAAGAGUUUACUAAACAACAAAAAUCAUGACCUCGACUUGCCUGUUCGUGCAACAUAUGUAAGAUCCCACGUGGAGAACCGCGCGUCGAUGUGCCGCGAUGCGUGGGUUGGCCCUUGGCUCCACGUCAAUGUGUGCGUUGGUUCGGGCGGAUUUUCUGUGCAUGCGAUCGCUGCCGGGGCUGGACCUGGUAUUCGGGUCGAUGCUGCAGGUGUCAAUGGUGGGCAGAUGAGAAGGAAUCUAAGGCAAGAUGUGUUUCUCGAUUCAGUAAUAAUUCUUCUUUAA